AUGGAUGCUUUUUUUGAAGUGGCAUCAGCCAAGUUGGGAGGCAAUCCCACUGCCGAGCAAUUGAAAAUUGUAGCCUCUAUUUUAUCAUCGUAUCCAUGUGCUCUUUUAUUCAAACUGAUUCCUGCCAAAAAUGCACAGAUGAAGCAUUUGUUCUCCAUCUUGGUCACUUCCUACAUCAUGACCUCUGUGCUGCACUACUACCAAGGCUUUGUGCACAUUUCGUUGAUUUGUUUGUUUACCUGGACCUGGAUGAAGUUUUAUAAGGGCAGCAAUGGGCCUUGGAUUAACUUUGCUGUCGUAAUGCUCAGCAUGUCUAUCUGCCAUUUGCAGCGUCAAUGGGGCGGUUACGAUGUUGAUGACUCGAACGAUUACUCGGGUACACUGAUGAUCGCCACUGUAAAACUGACAUCUUUUGGAUUCAAUGUAGCUGAUGGUCGUACAAAGAAUCAAGCUGUGUUAUCCAGUUACAACAAACGCAUGAAAGUGGAGCAGUACCCAACUUUGAUUGAGUUUUACGGAUGGAUGUUUUUCUUUGGCGGAUUCUUGGUAGGACCUACCUCUGAAUUCAUGGAUUACAUGCGCUUUAUCUCCAUGCAAAUGUUUGAAGUCAAGGGCAAAAUCCAUGCUCCUUCGCCUGUCAAGCAAACGCUCUUCUUGAUUGCCAAAAGCUUGUGCUUUGUUGCCAUCAUUGUCACUGUGGCUCCUUAUUACAACUCGGCUGAUGUCGGUUUUGUUGCAUUUGCUGAUCUUUCAUUUGGGAAAAAGCUGGUUUAUCUUCAACUGGCUGCAUUUACGUCUCGUUGCAAAUACUAUGUUGCAUGGUUCUUGUCUGAGGCUGCUUGUGUAUUGUGUGGCUUUGGAUUUAAUGGCUACGACGCUAGUGGAAAGGCUCGCUGGGAUCGUUUCACCAACAUUUAUGUUCGCAAAUGUGAAUUCAGUCAGUCUAUCAAAGAAAUGCUUGAUCACUGGAACAUUGGUGCCAAUCGCUGGCUUCGUUACUACGUAUACAUGCGCAUCACGCCUCCUGGACAAACUGGUGGUGCUUCAAGUACCUUGGUCACCUAUGCCUUGUCUGCUCUGUGGCAUGGAUUCUAUCCUGGCUAUUACUUGUUCUUCUUGUCCAUUACGCCCUUCCAAAUGCUGGCUCGUCAUAUUCGCAGAACAUUCCGUCCUUUGGUCAUGAUUCCUGGUACCAAGAAUCCUCAGCCUGUUCUAAAAUUCUUUUACGAUACAGCUGGUGUCGUUCUCACCAUGUCCAUAGUCAACAUCUUGUCUGCUGCUUUCAACUUGCUGUACUGGCAACCAGCUAUCACCGUGUGGAAGCAAAUCUACUUUAUUCAUUAUGUGAUUGGCGUUGUAGGCUAUGCUAUCUGGAGAGUAGCCAAUCGUCCAUUGAGAGAGUACCAAAAGAAGAGAGAAGCCAAGGCUAUUUCGCAAUACACUCGUCCCCCUACGCCACCUGCGGAAGAAAAGAUGUCUGCCAUUCAGCAAAAAUCUCAAUAG